AGAAAUUGCAAGAGUUUAUAACGAUUUAGAAACAUUGCUAUCUUCUACAAAAGAAACAGCACUAAGAACUGAAGAAUUGGUCGAUAAUUUGACAGAAUCAUUAAAUUUAAAAUUUCCUGAAGAACUUACACGCAAGUCAGUUACAGAGCAUCCACAAAUUCAAAAUCCAGAAGAAAAUCAGCUAGACGACAAUAACAUUGAUAAGAACGUAGAAGAGGAUUUAGAUAGUGAUAAAGAAAACUCAAAAGUUGACACAACACCAGAAAGUUCUUCGGAUUAUUUUAGUCCAAUUCUUCAAAUAAGAAAGUCGAAUCCGAUUAACGACCAGCUGUAUACGCCAGCAUUCAAGUCACAAUCAAACAAUAGAAUUCGCUCUUUCAAAUGAUUAAAAAGUUUUUUCUUUCACUUGUUAUUCCCAAUAAUUUUUGUUAUAUUGCUGUUCGUCAACUAUCCACAAAUACAAUGCAACCAAUACCAAAUAUCACACGAUUUGACAGACUUAUCAGGAUUCUCGGUCAAAAUCGCGGACCGAUGACAUUGCAAGGCACAAAUUCUUAUCUGAUUGGAACAGCUGAAAAGCGAUUGCUGCUGGAUACAACAGAUCCAAAUAAGAAAGAUUAUGUUGCAUUAGUGGAACAGGUGUUGAAACAAGAGAGAGCAGUUAUCAGUGAUGUAGUCAUAACUCAUUGGCAUCACGAUCAUAUUGGUGCUGUUGAGAAUUUGAGAGAAAAGAAUCUAAUUGAUGAAAAUUGUAAUGUCUGGAAGUUCCCUCGAAGUGAUAUAAAGGAAGAUUUUGAUGAAAUGAAGAUUAAGCAAUUGACUGAUGGUCAUGAAUUUAGAGUCGAUGAGGAUACAACAUUAAAAGUCCAUUUUACUCCAGGUCAUACAACAGAUCAUGUCAUUUUAUAUGAUGAGAGAGAAAGAACAGUAUUUUCUGGAGAUUGCAUAUUGGGCGAAGGAACUGCUGUAUUCGAGGAUCUUUAUGACUACAUGAAUAGCUUGGAAAAGAUUUUAGAUCUCAAACCAGACAAAAUUUAUCCAGGACAUGGCAAUUUGAUCACAGAUGCUGUUGAAAGAAUAAAAUUCUACAUUUCGCACCGUCAAGAAAGAGAACGUCAAAUUUUGGAAGUAUUAACUGCUCAUUCUCCAUUGUCGUGUAUGGGAAUAGUUUCCAUUGUCUAUCAAGAUGUUCCCGAAAAAAUGUGGACAGCUGCAGCAUAUAACGUUCAACAUCAUUUGACUAAAUUAAAAAAAGAAGGAAGAGUAAAUCAAAUUGACAGAGAUAGUGAAAUUUACUUUGAAAUUGCUUCUCAUUCCAACAAAUUAUAAAUGAUUCAGUCAUUCUUUUUAAUAUUAACAUGUACUAUAAUUAAGGGAGUUGACUAGAUGUUGUUGGUUGCUGAAAAAGCUUUUAGUGAUAAAUAUAAGAGAUUCGCAUGGAUCUUAUGAACUUGACACAUAAUUUAUGGGAAUGUAAUAUGUAUUAGGUCAAAUAUUCUGUAUCAUGCAGAUUGUUAAGCUCAAUAAAUGUUUAUAGCUUUAA